CAUGGUGGGAAGCGCAAUGUGACGGUGUAAAUGAUUUAUUUGUUACCGUGAAACUGUCUGUGUCCCGGAAUUCCGACUGGGAGCCAUCAAAGCAGGCAGGAGGUUAGCUUGCAGUACCUCGUUGGUUUCAAGUGAGAUGAUGUGGUCCAUGCAAGCGUUGCUGCUCAUGUCCGCUGUCUCUGUGGGGUCGGCGGGGAUUUUCACCGAUGACCAGGUCAGAAAGGUGGAAACGUUUGUGGAGGAGGUCAUGAAGUGUAGACAGAUCCCCGGGCAGACAGUGGCUGUUGUGCAGGAGGAUGAGACUUGGGUACGGGGCUUCGGACUGGCGGACAUUGAACAGGGAGUGAACGUCACCAAGGAGACUUUAUUUGGAAUUGGAUCUUUGACUAAGGCUUUCACGACUACCCUCCUGGCCAUGAUGAUGGAUGAAAGUAAUGGAAGUUUAACAUGGACGACAAAGGUGAAGGACGUGUUGGGUCCAGACUUUGCAUUUGUGGAUGAGGAGAGAACAGAGGAGACUACUCUGAGGGAUCUUUUGACCCACCGUGCUGGACUUCAUCCUGCGGGCCUUGCCAUUUCUGCUGGAUUUGCUCCCAACUUCACGACAAGUGAUUUAGCAAAGCGUUUCCGCUUUCUUCCGGAAGUUCACCCCUUCCGUGACGUCUAUGAGUACAACAACUGGGCGUACGCUUUGAUCGGUCGUAUUGUGGAAGUGUUGUCAGGUGAACCCUACGAAGUAACUCUGGAGAAACGGAUCUUCAAACCACUGGGAAUGAACCGGUCACGUGUCCUGGGAAAAACGAUAUCAGCAAAUGCAACAGGAAUGGCAAAACCGUACUAUAAUGUAGAGGACGUGCUCAUAUUAUCGGAUCCCUCAAUUUACGACAUACACCCAGGAGUGGCCGCAGGUGCUAUUGCGUCUUCAGCAGAGGACAUGGCUAAAUGGAUGCACUUUCUACUGAGGCAAGGGGUGACGGAGGACAACGUCACACUGGUCAAGUACACAACGUUAGUGGAGGUCUUCAAAUUUCACGAGUAUAUGCCCUACGGGGCGUUAACGUCAAAGCCGCAGUAUCCCGUGAUGAACUUGGAGUAUGGCUAUGGUUAUGCAUGGUAUCUAUCUGUAUAUAAAGAAUACAACGUGAGCAUGCACACUGGAGCCUUAAAUGCGUACACGAGCUACAUUAAACUCUACCGUGACUUGGACGUUGGAAUAUUUGUAAGUGAGAGUGGCCCAGGAACGUCGAAUGGGGAAUUUGCAGAAAACCUUAUCUCAUUCUAUAUUUCUGAUAUUUUGAUUGGUGACGAGCCUUGGCUAAAUGUCUCUACAGCCUGCUCGUAUCCCAAGCCCUGGGGCAGUUGGCUAUCAAAGUUACAAAAUAAUUCAGACGUCACCAACACCGAUGUGGAUUGCCUUGACUGUUAUGUUGGGAAAUACGGGCAGUAUCUGUUUGGUGACGUGGACGUUAGGAGGGGACCAGGGUCGUCACUGGAUCUACAAUACGGGAGGUUACGGGGUUCUCUCAAUACCACGGAUAAGAAAGCAACAUUUAAGCUUGAUUUAUGGCACCCCUUUAGAUUUAUGUCUCGACCAGGUAAUGCAACGAUUCUUGUAGAAGUACUUUUCCGUGGGUUAAGCAAUGGAAAGUAUUCCUUCAUUGACCUCGGUUUACCUCACAAGAUGACAUUUACCAGAGGUACAAGCUUUCACGAUGAAAACAUAUUCACAGUUAUCAACCCUGAAAUAAGUGCGACGAGUGUCAAGGAGUUGAGCAAUCUUUUGUUGGUGUUCGCAUCACUUUGUGCUGUUUUCUCCAUACUGUAGUGACUGUGUACUAAUAAAAGUUCGCUCUUUGGCAUCUUAUAAUAACAGGACUUCAUGUUAGAAACAUUUUGAACACCUUCGAUAACACGGGUAAUCCAUUGUAUUCAUAUCUUGAACAAUUUCAGAUAACAGCAAAAUUUAAGGUAUUCUUUGUAAAAUGAAAAUUUGAUAUGAUGCAUAUGAUUCGUUUUCUUAAUUGUCUCAAUUGGUAUGGUAUUAUCAAUGAUGAGCUUCAAUACUGAACUGUUAGUUUCUGUUGUAUAGGAUGGAAAAUGAUGUUAUUGUGCCACUAUUUAGGCGCAGUAUAAAAAAAAUUUGUUUGGCUUUUUUUAAUUUGAAAAUUUACAUGAAUUUGAUACAGAAUCGUCACGAUUUACGUAGGCAUAUAAUUAUAAAUGGUUAAUGAUGUACGCAAAACACCCCAAGCCACUGUCAGCGCUGAUCCCGUAUAGUCAUUUCUGGCAUGACAUGCUGUUGAUACACAUGGAGAUCACACAAAAUCCAUUUGUUAACCUAAUUGUGAAUAGAUUGCACAAUGACAAUGCACGUUGAUACACGUGGUGAUCAGACAAAAUCCAUUUGUUAACCUAACUGUGAAUAAAUUGCACAAUGACAAUGCACGUUGAUAGACAUGGUGAUCUAAUAAAUUCCAUUUGUUAUCCUAAUUGUGAAUAAAUUGCACAAUUACAAUGCACGUUGAUAGACAUGGGGAUCAGACAAAUUCCAUUUGUUAACCUAAUUGUGAAUAGAUUGCACAAUGACAUUGCACGUUGAUACACAUGGAGAUCACACAAAAUCCAUUUGUUAUCCUAAUUGUGAAUAGAUUGCACAAUGACAAUGCACGUUGAUACACGUGGUGAUCAGACAAAAUCCAUUUGUUAACCUAAUUGUGAAUAGAUUGCACAAUGACAAUGCACGUUGAUACACAUGGAGAUCAGACAAAAUCCAUUUGUUAACCUAAUUGUGAAUAAAUUGCACAAUGACAAUGCACGUUGAUACACAUGGUGAUCUAAAAAAUUCCAUUGUUAUCCUAAUUGUGAAUAAAUUGCACAAUGACAUUGCACGUUGAUAGACAUGGUGAUCAGACAAAUUCCAUUUGUUAUCCUAAUUGUGAAUAGAUUGCACAAUGUUCGUUUACAAUGAUUAUUUUAAUAAACAGACAGUAAUUG